AUGGGGAACGACGCCAAUGGCUAUCUUUUGCCAUCAUGGUACGUGCCCGAGCAGCCGACCCUGAUGGACCUCAACGUCGUUAGCAUCAUCUGGGGCUUCACGCUCGCCACCACCGUCUUUACGUUUUCCAAGGCGAUCCAACAGAGCUGGAAGUCGUACAAGCGGGGGAAGCUCUUUAAUGCCUACAUUAUCAUGGUCUGGGCUGAGUGGCUCGUGUGCGUGAUAAUAUCGAUUGUGAGCUGGCUGUUCUUGACGCCGAGCCUGAGCAUACUUCCGGGGUUUUGGCUCUUUUUUGGGCUUUUGUGCCUCUGGGUCGUCCAAAUACAAUGCAUCCUCCAGAUCAUUAUCAACCGAGUCCGGCUUCUUAUGGUGGACCAACACAAGGCCGAUAUACUCAAGUGGUCAGUGGCCGCCUUCAUUGGCCUCAUCAAUAUCAGCGUCUUCGUCAUUUGGAUCCCCGCGAGGCUGCAAAUAUCUGACCGCUGGGUUCACAUCAACACGUACUGGGACCGCUGCGAAAAGUCACUGUUUGCCCUCUGCGACAUUGGUCUCAACUUUUUCUUCCUCUACCUCGUGCGGUCGAAACUCAUCGCAAACGGCUUGCACAAGUAUAACAAGCUCUUGCGCUUUAACAUUCUCAUGGUGUGCGUCUCAUUAUCCAUGGAUGGAAUUCUUAUUGGCAUGAUGUCACUACCCAACUCGGCAGUCUACAUCCAGUUCCACCCCCUGACCUACCUAGUCAAGCUGCACAUUGAGAUGAACAUUGCCGACCUCAUCUCCAAGAUCGUCAAGGCCACCAACCAGCUCGACGAGUACCGGACCAACAAGCACGGCGCGCCGCACGUCUCCAACUCGGCCGCCGGGACCUCAUCGUCGGGAGCAUCCAAACAGCCCUCGAAAAUGUCGUCGUCAUUCAGCCGGACCCAGCAGCAGCAACAUCGCAACUCGAAUCUCAAGAGGAUGGACUCGAUUGAUCUGGCUCUGCACGGCUUUGCCCUGCCGAAUUGGGGAAAAGAGUGUGGCCCUGCGACAUCGAGCACCACGCACGGUGUCUAUGAAUCGGGACCUGAUCUCGAGGCCGGCGGAUCCGAGAAGAGGGACUUUGAGACAACGGUCGGCGAGGACGAGGGUGUCGACAUUGUCCAACAAGGGACACAACCGACGACACACGAUGUUGAAAAGAACGAGAAAUCAAAUCGAUCCAAUGAAAAGGCCGUAGGAGGCACAUGUUAA